GUCCUAUGGACUUCCACUUUCUUUCCUUCUAAAUAGGACCGGAAAGAAAAAUUUCCCUCACUUUAGGAGUUUUUGUCUAGCCAAUGCCCAUCACCUUGGCUGCUGUGUGCAGUGUUAGCCGGCCAGUGCUGCCACAGGGGCAUGGGAGAGGCUGACACUGGUGGCCUUAAGCAAAGUCCCCCUGUGUUCUUGAGCUGUCUUGGUGCAAGAAAAAGCUGAGACCCAGCACAAAGAUUAGUGGAGCAGUUUCAAAGAUCUGUAGCUCGGCGUAGAUUGGGAAACAAUAUCUAAAUACCAUCCUCAUGCCCUCAUGGUUUUUUUCAAUUUCUUGAAUAAGCAUCUCUUGUCAUCUUAUAUGAAAACAACCUCUGGUGGAUCAUUUGCAGUCUCUUCUUGCUAUUGCUUUGAAGUUUCAUCAUCCUUGUCAAGAUCUGGAAGUGCAGCUCAUGAUGUGGUAGUGGCCACAAAUCAAUAGUGGGAUGAAGAGAUGCUUUUGACAGGAGGCUUGAAAUCUCUUCUUCCUCAUGUGCUAAGAAGAAUAAUCCGAUGCAACAGACUCAGUAUUAGUAAUACUUCUGGAAUGGCGGAAGGCUAUAAACAGGCCAAUGUUGUGAUUUUGCACAAGUCCCUGGCUGAUGACUUUGAGAAGUUCUGCCAUGCAAACGAUGGACCCCUGCCACUGCUGUACAGAAGUCAACCAGGUGACUGGAAAUGUCCUUCCCUGAGUACUGAUUCUGAUAUCAGAACUGACUGCCUACAGUACAGAAGAUAUGAGCAUGGAGCUUGUACUGGAUCACUGAAAAGCCUUAAGGAGUAUUCUGAACAACUCAAGGACAUGGUGACUUUUUAUUUAGGCUGCAGCUUCUCUUUCGAAAAAGCAGUCCAAAAAGCUGGCAUUCCUAUCAGAAAUGUUGAGCAAAAAUGUAAUGUAAGCAUGUACAAAACAUCUGUCCCUUGCUACAGCAUUUCUAUGUUUCACUGCAACUUAGUAGUCACAAUGAGACCUAUUCCUGAAAGCAAGUUGGAAGCAGCUGUGCUAGCAACAUCUGAAUUAAAAGAAGCCCAUGGAGCACCAAUUCACAUAGGUGACCCUGGUCUGCUGGGAAUACAAGAUCUCUCUAAACCAGACUAUGGAGAUCCAGUUCACUUUCACCCUGGUGAUGUUCCAGUGUUUUGGGCCUGUGGAGUAACAGGAGUCGAAGCAAUUAUCAACUGCAGAGCUCCUUUAGCUUUUACUCACUCUCCUGGCUGCAUGUUCAUUACUGACCUAAAGAAUGAUAAUGUCAGAUCCUUAGGAGGAGUCCCACAGGUCCACUGCAUCUCUCAAGAUCCUCUGCAUUUCAGUAUUGUGUCGGCAGAAGCAGCCCAAAAGAUAAGGACUCUAGAGACCCUAAUUGGAAUAGAUCCAGGAGAGCGGGGCAUCCUGCACCUGCAGCGCCAGGGCGAGCUGCUGAGGGCCUGCCUGGCCAUGUCCCACGCGGGGUCGGUGCUGAUAACAACGGGAUUUCCCACCCACUUCAGGCACCAGCCGCCCGAGGAGAACGACGGCCCCCCGGGAGCCCUUGCCAUUGCAGCUAUGCUGCAGGCCUUGGAGAAACAGGUUGCCAUAGUUACAGAUCAGAGAGCUAUGGAUCUGAAUAAAAAGAUUAUUGAGGAAGCUGUUCAACUAGGAAUCCUAGAGAAACCCAUCCCUCUACUGAGUUAUCAAAGGGAAAGUGCUGAUUCAGCUUUAAUGUUUUUGUGUGAGAAUGGGGAUCCUGGAAGACCUAGAUUUGAUCACCUGGUAGCAAUAGAGCGUGCUGGGAUGGCUGCUGAUGGCAAUUAUUACAAUGCCAGAAAAGUUAACAUUAAGCAUCUCGUGGAUCCCAUAGAUGAGCUAUUUUUAGCUGCACAAACCAUUCCAGGAGUCACAACAACAGGUGUUGGAGAUGGAGGAAAUGAAUUAGGCAUGGGCAAAGUAAAAGAUGCUGUAAAGAAGCACAUAAAAAAUGGAGAUGUAAUAGCUUGUGAUGUUGAAGCUGAUUUUACUGUUGUAGCUGGGGUCUCUAACUGGGGUGGUUACGCCAUGGCCUGCGCUCUGUAUGUGCUGCGCUGCUGCGAGAUCCACGAGCGCUACCUGCGCAGGGCACUCGGGCCCCCGCGCACCGAGAGCAGGAGGCUCUGGCUGUCAGCACUGCCAUCCAUCACCAAGGAAGAAAAGCUUCUGAAAACACUUGUGCAGCUCGGGGUCCGCAGUGGCAAAACUGCCAGUCUAGAGAUGGAAGUGGAUGGGCUGCCCUUCUACAACACCCAUUCACUUAUGAUUGAAAAGCUGCUGCAGGAAGCACAGCAGUGACUGCCCCGAAAGAUUUCUGCAUCAAGAGUUGCUCCCACGUCAUUUCCUUAUUCUUGAGGCUCUCACAAGGUGCAAAAGAUCAGAAAAGAUCAGAAAAAUUUUCAUCUCUGGUGUCUUGACAACGCACAGCUUUUCAUUGUUACCCUUGCAACAUCUCUGUGAAACAAGAGGAUAUAAUUCACUUGGUCUAUCUUUAUUUUCUGUAAUUUUAUAAUGGAAAAUGAAUAUUAAAUGAUAUUAUAUAAUAAGAGGUGAUCUGGAUUUUACAAAGAAAGCAUGAAAUUACAGUGAGAUAUUAUUGCA